AUGUUGCAGAGUAUACGAGCGCCUACGCUGGCAAUGCCCUCCUUCGGGCACGACUUGCCUAUCGGCGGAGCCCAAAAGAUGGAAGGAUACGGCGAUACUGAUGCUUGGCAAUGGCCACAAUCUGCGACGCAACCAAGCUCAUAUACGCCGAUUUUCGACCACUCUGUGUACGCCCACAUCAACUCCCAACAACCGAAUCCGGUAGCCGCUCCUCGUCACCACUCCAUCGCCACCUCCCACGUUGUCGCCACGGGAAGAGCGCCGCCGCCCCAGAGGCAUCAACUGACAGGAGCCAUUGUCAAGGCUCAGCCUGCUUUCAAGCCUACUUGGCACGGUUUCCUCGACACGACCAAAGAUGCUAUGACCAUUGUGGAGGCUGCGCUACAGGGGCGCCUUGGGCACAUUAGUCGACGGCCUCACGACAAGGAACGCGCCGAGAUGCUCACUUCGGGUACUGUUUUGGUCUACGAGGAAAACGCAUCAGGCAUCAGACGCUGGACUGACGCCGUUCACUGGUCUCCGAGCAGAGUUAUGAACAACUGCCUCAUCUACCGUCAGCUAACCCGAGCCCUGAAGCCAGAAGAGAAGCGUUCUGCUCUCAACCCGUCGUGUAACGGCAAGCGGAAACGCAAGGGAAGUGCGGGUCCCACCAUCACCAAAGCUGGCGAAAACAUUGCCAACUCAGACGAUGAGUACGACAAUCCGGCCUUCCAAGGUGCUGUUCCAGGAGAUGUCACGCCAGUAGAGCCCUCGGAGAAAGUGUACGCGAAUUUUGCUCAGGGCCUGACACCCGAUCAGCAGCGACGCUUCUGCGGCUCUCUGAUCGACAGCUACGAGUUCAAGGAAGGUGGUCUGAUGAAGAAGACCAUUUCGGUGAAGUACCAGGGAACGAACCACCACAUCAUCUCAUACUAUACGCUCGAAGAUGUUGUGCACGGCAAGCUGAAGCGCCCGUGUGAGGACCCAGAUCUGCGUGAUAUCCAGCCGCGACCGGAACUACUUACUGGCUGGAAGGUCAGCCUGGAAGACGAGGAGAGCAAGGAACAGCCGCAAUUCCCGACCCACAUGCCCGUUGCCCACCCUCAAACCGGACUUCCGCCACAGAUUUACGUUCAGAUUCCCGGAAGCUGGCAUGGGAGUCAAGUCUCCCAGUACUCAUCACCGCAGAGCGCCCAUCCUUAUCCCACGCCUCAGGUCAAUCCUGCUCAGUACGUCGCUCAGCCGAGCCAGUCGCAAUAUCCGGUGCAGCAGCAUUCUUCUCCGCAGCAGUACUCGCCUCAGGUCCCCCACGCGGCUCAGCCAUACCCCCAGACUUCGUCACCGCACCACCUGCCCGCACAGCAAGGAUCUGCUCAACGCUACCCUUCUCCGGCAUCUUUGGCGCAUCAGUACUCGCCACACGCGCAGCAACCUGUUCAGUAUCCUCGGGCGCAACAAAUUCCAGUUCAUCAACAAUACGGGCCACCGGCAGCCGCGCACUACCCUACGGCACCCCAAGAGGUGGCUCAACAGGCUACUCAAUACUCUAUGCCCCAGGCGCCAGGAGUCGAUUACAGUGGCCAAGCUUCACUCCAGCAACACGGCGUGUAUCGACGUACAUCGGCUCCGAUGGUCAUGCAGCAGCAACCGUAUGGCCAUCCCGGCUACCCUUCUGCACCUCAGACGCAGCCCUCAUCAUACUACGUCACCGAUGCCAAGUACACUGCCAAUCAGACCUUUGAGUACUGA